AGAUUCUAUCAUCUAUAUUUUGCUAGCUAUGUUUACAUUUCCUAUCUUUAGGUAUUGUUUAAUCUGUUCCAAAUUAAGAGUGUAGAAUUCCGAUGCAGUCACCGGCACAAUUCUAUCUUCGGAUCUUCAGAGUUAGUUUGGGAAGUUAUUUUAUCAUGGGAAACAAGCCUGCGAAGCAAGAACGACGAGAAGAGAUCAUCUUGAAAAUUGUACCACCAUUGGACCAAGCUUAUGCUCAAUGGCUUGCUCGGGACAUAGAGAGGAUUCACGGUUUUACUCCGAGAAACCCCAGUGCAGUAAAACCCCCAGAUCACUACAUUGAGUACAUGCGUUUGAAUGGUGGGUUAGAUGUAGACUUGGAUGAUCCAGAUUUGGCCCAUUUGUUAAAGUAAGCAGGAAUUGGAAGGUAUGUUGAAGGAAUUACUGGCUUUUUGAACUAUGUUGCUGUUGUAAAUGCUUGAAACAGCUGUGUUUUGCAAGAUCAUGGAAGCUCUUUCAUCGUUUAUGCAGUGACGAUUUCAUGUUUUCUUUUGA